AGCCGCAAAGAACCGCCAUCAUAGGAAAAGGAACUACUAACUAAAAUGCAAAGCUCUUGGGCAUUUGUCUUGGCACUGAGCAUCUGCCUCCAGUUGGGAGCCGGUCACUCAGUGGAUCGGAGUUGGGAGCUGCCCAAAGUUCGCAAAACUUUGGGUGAUCUCAGCCAUAUCUGCAUGGAUCGUCAGGAGGGCGAUUUGGUGGCCCAUCCGCUGGACUGCAAUGGAUACUUUUCCUGCUCACGCAUUCCAACACUGCUUUAUUGCGAUGAGGGCCUACACUUUGACAGUGAUCGUGGGAUCUGCGAUCUGCCCGAGAAUACCAACUGUUGGCAGAGUGAUCUACCUGUUUCCCAAGCUAGCCCAGGGGAUAACUCAGAGAUUAAGUGGCCAGACAAACCACGCCCCAUCUUCAUGGCCGUCGAUGUGACCAGUGGUCAGCCGGUCAAUCCCAUGGAGAAGUACGAUCCGGAGCGCAUCGAGUGCCGCCACUACGGAGCCUACUUCCUGCCGCAUCCGAAAAAUUGCGGAUUGUACUUCAUCUGCGCCUACGGCCAUCUGCACCGACAUCAUUGUGGGCGUGGAACCUCGUGGAACUUCGAAAAGUCCGAGUGCCAGUUGAGCGACCAGGCCGUUUGCUACGGGGAGUCCAGGGUUUUGGAACCGGUUACCAAAGUGGAUACCGUCGUGGCAGACACCACGCCGAGCAGUGGGGCGCCAAUAACAGUGUGCUACCUAGUCGGAUCGAGUGAGUUCAGCACGCUCCAGCAAUUCCUCACCACCGAGUUGGUUCCCGUAACACUGCCCACCCCACCUUCCCCACCUCGAACAGAGCUCACCGCCCUGACCUGUCCGUCCGCCAAGCAGAGCUAUAUGUCCCACCCGGAGGAUUGCAGCAAGUACUACAUCUGCAUCGGCGGGAUGCCCGUGGUCACAUCCUGUCCCAAGGGCCUCUUCUGGGAUCAGAAGUCGGCCUACUGCGAUGUGGAAAAGAACGUUAGGUGUUUCCAGAAGUGA